UCUCAACACAUCCAUCUAGCUCACUUUAUCUCCUGCUCGCUCUCACUUACUAACUCAAGUUGCAUUGGAAGAUUUGAGAAAUCUUCAAACAAACACUUGACGGUUUACUGAUCUGCUGCAUGAGUAUGCAACAUGUCAGGACACUGUAAUAGACUUUCAAAGGCUGAAAUGGAGCGCACAUAUGAGACAGAGGUGAAGCUGAAGUUGAUGAGUUCAGGAGCCAAGACGAACGUGGAACACCCUGAACCCAAGCCCCAGGACAGGGGAAAGUGGGGCAGCAAAACGGAGUUCUUAUUGGCAGCAGCUGGACACAUUGUCGGUCUGGGAAAUGUAUGGAGGUUCCCCUACCUGUGCUAUAAAAAUGGAGGAGGGGUUUUCUUUGUCCCCUAUAUUUUGUUCCUGUUCACCUGCGGUAUUCCCCUCUUCUUCCUGGAGACAUCAUUGGGCCAGUACACUAGUCAGGGUGGAAUCACUUGCUGGAGGAAAAUCUGUCCACUCUUUGAAGGCCUGGGCUAUGGAAGCCAAGUGGUGGUUUUGUACACUGGAGUGUAUUACAUCAUCAUUCUGGCUUGGGCGUUCCUAUACCUCUUCUCUUCCUUCAGUUUAGAACUCCCAUGGGCCAGUUGUAAAAACAGUUGGAACACAGACAACUGCUUUGAGCCUGGCCAGAACAGCACAAUUUCUGACCAUUCUCAUGGGAACACUACAUCCUCAGUCAUAGAAUUUUGGGAGAGAAGAAUAUUGGGCUUGUCUGGGGGAAUUGAAGAGAUUGGGAGUGUUCGCUGGGACCUAGCUCUGUGUCUUCUGCUGUCCUGGAUUAUCUGUUAUUUCUGUGUCUGGAAAGGAGUGAAGUCUACUGGGAAGGUGGUCUAUUUCACUGCCACCUUCCCCUAUGUGAUGCUGUUGGUAUUGCUAGUUCGUGGACUCACACUGCCAGGGGCCAUAGAUGGCAUCAAGUUCUACCUCUACCCAGACCCAGCCCGCCUCGCUGACCCACAGGUAUGGAUGGAUGCUGGAAGCCAGAUAUUUUACUCCUAUGGAGUUUGUACAGGGGUUUUGACAUCUUUAGGCAGCUACAACAAGUACAAUAACAACUGCUACAGGGACUGUGUGUAUCUUUGUCUACUAAACAGUGUGACUAGCUUUGUGGCUGGUUUUGCCAUUUUCUCUGUACUGGGCUUCAUGGCUUAUGAACAGGGCAUAGACAUCUCAAUGGUGGCUGAAUCAGGUCCUGGCCUGGUGUUCAUCGCCUACCCUCGUGCUGUGGCCAUGAUGCCAGUACCCCAACUUUGGGCCAUCUUCUUCUACAUCAUGAUCCUCCUACUGGGGUUAGACAGUCAGUUUGUAUAUCACGAGGCUGUGGUCACAUCGAUCUCAGACAUGUACCCCUCUUUCUUCCACGUGGGCCAUCUGCGGAAAAAACUUCUCCUGCUUGGCAUCAGUGUGUGCAGCUUCCUGGUUGGCCUGCUAAUGGUCACAGAGGGUGGCCUGUAUGUGUUUCAGCUGUUUGAUUACUAUGCCUGCAGUGGGAUGACACUCCUGGUCUUUGCUAGUCUCCAGGCCGUCUGUGUUGGGUGGUGUUAUGGUGCGGAACGGCUGUAUGAUAAUAUUGAGGACAUGAUUGGCUAUCGUCCUUGGCCAUUCAUGAAGUACUGUUGGAUGUACAUCACACCUGUCAUAUGCAUAGGUACGCUUGUCUUCUCCCUGGUCAAGUAUACCCCCCUCAAGUUCAACAACACUUAUGAGUACCCCUGGUGGGGCUACGCCAUUGGUGGAUUCUUCACUCUCUCCUCGACGUUACUGGUACCUUUCUGGAUGCUGUACAAGAUGAGUGUCACCGCUGGUUCACUGCGGCAGAGAAUGAAAGUGUUAACCAGUCCAGCAGAGGAUCUACCCAAACCCAUGUCACAGAAGGAGGCCCUCAACCCCUCAGAAGUGUUUCAGAUGUUCACAGAACUUUGCACAUUACGGACACCAAACCAAACCCCUACAGUCGCCAGCUCCCAGCUGAGUGCAGCACCAGCACAGACAGUGCCCAUAAACACCUUGAACUUGGAAACUUAAAAUAACCCAUGGUGUAUUGGGAAACAUUUGUCUCUUUGCACAUGAACUCUGACCCCGGAGACAGGGGUCCGAUGGUCCUACUAUUUUCCCUUCUGUUUCUCAUGUAUAUGAAAUAAUAUAAGAAAAAUUAAAGACAACAAACACUGCCACAAAUGGGUGUGAAAUUCUCUGAAAGUACACACACAUGCAAGAGCACUGCCCUUCUGAAACGGCACACAGACUAAAUCUAACUUUGUCACAUGUACUGAAUACAACUAGUGUAGACCUUACCGCAAAUGCUUACUUACAAGCCCUUAACCAACAGUGCAGUUCAAGAAGAGUAAAGAAAAAUAUUUACCAAAGAAACUAAAGUAAAAAAAUAAACAAACAUUAACAAUAAAAUAACAAAAAUAAGGCUAUAUACAGGGGGUACCGUUAACUGAGUCAAUGUGCGGAGGUACAGGUUAGUCUAAGUAAUUUGUACAUGUAGGUAGGGGUGAAGUGACUAUGCAUAGAUAAAACAGCGAGUAGCAGCAGUGUAAAAAACAAAUGGAUGGGGGGUGUCAAUGUAAAUAAUCCGGUGGCCAUUUGGUUAAUUGUUCAGCAGUCUUAUAUGGCUUGGGGGUAGAAGCUGCUAAGGAGCCUUUUGGUCCUAGACUUGGCGCUCCGGUACCGCUUGCCGUGUGGUAGCAGAGAAGAAAAGUCUAUGACUUGGGUGUCUGGAGUCUUUGACAAUUGUUUGGUCUUUCCUCAGACACCGCCUAGUAUAUACAGUUGAAGUCGGAGGUUUACAUACACCUUAGCCAACUACAUUUAAACUCAGUUUUUCACAAUUACUGUCAUUUAAUCCUAGUAAAAUGUCCCUGUCUUUUAAGAUUGUGAAAUGCCAGAGUAAAAGAGAGAAUGAUUUAGCUUUUACUUAUUUUGUCACGUUCCCAUUGGGUCAGACGUUUACAUACACUCAAUUAGCAUUUGUUAGAAUUGCCUUUAAAUUGUUUAACUUGGGUCAAACGUUUUGGGUAGCCUUCCACAAGCUUCCACUAUAAGUUGGGUGAAUUUUGGCCCAUUCCUCCUGACAGAGCUGGUUAGGGUUAGUCAUUUUUGUAGGCCUCCUUGCUCACACACGCUUUUUCAGUUCUGCCCACAAAUUUUCUAUAGGAUUGAGGUCAGGGCUUUGUGAUGGCCACCCCAAUCCCUUGACUUUGUUGUCCUUAAGCCAUUUUGUCACAACUUUGAACGUUUUUAAUUUAAUUUAACCUUUAUUCAACCAGGCAAGUCAGUUAAGAACAAAUUCUUAUUUUCAAUGACAGUGGGUUAACUGCCUGUUCAGGGGCAGAACGACAGUUUUGUACCUUGUCAGCUCGGGGAUUUGAACUUGCAACCUUCCGGUUCCUAGUCCAACGCUCUAACCACUAGGCUACCCUGCCGGCCCAUUUGGAAGACACAUUUGCAACCAAGCUUUAACCUCAUGACUGAUGUCUUGAGAUGUUGUUUCAAUAUAUCCACAUAAUUUUCCGCCCUCAUGAUGCCAUCUAUUUUGUGAUGUGGACCAGUCCCGCCUACAGCAACAUGAUGCUGCCACCCCCAUGCUUCACAGUUGGGAUGGUUUUCUUCGGCUUGCAAGCCUCUCCCUUUUCCCUCCAAACAUAACGAUGUUCAUUAUGGCCAAACAGUUCUGUUUUUGUUUCAUCAGACCAGAUGACAUUUCUCUAAAAGUCAGAUCUUUGUCCCCAUGUGCAGUUGCAAACCGAAGUCUGGCUUUUUUAUGGCGGUUUUGGAGCAGUGGCUUCCUCCUUGCUGAGUGGCUUUUCAGGUUAUGUUGAUAUAGGACUUGUUUUACUGUGGAUGUUACGAUACAGGUAUCCUGUGUCUAUUUAUUUUCUCUCCUUCUCCACUCACAGGGCUAAUCAUCAUUCCCCAAUCAGUCGCUAAUUAGAAGACACCUGCUCCUUUUCUCUUACCCUAUCACAUCCUUUCCCUUGGUUUAAAAACCCUAUCAGUUGUUUUCUUUGGAUCUUGAUCUCUCUGGCUAUAUCGCUCUCUUUUGUUUUUUGUUCAUACAUGUCACAUUUGUCUGGAAUCCUGUGAGUAUUGUAUUGUUAUGGUGAUUGACUGUCUGUUUGAUGGUGGGAAAAGGGGGUAUCAAGACAAGUUGCCCAUGGGCAUACACUACCCAUAGGAAUAUUUUGUCUAAAUACCCUAGUUAGAAAUGGGUGGACCACCUGCUGUAUUUUUGAUUAGUUCGCUGUAUUGAAGUAGGCUAGUCUUGUUUAGGAGUGUUUUUGGUAUUUGUUUCUUUCCUUGGGUCCAGCUCAGCUCCUUUUCCUGCCCCCUUUACCGUGUGUGUUUUAAAAAUAAACCAUGAGUGUUUGA